AUGCACCCAUGGGGUGAUGAGAUUUCUGUCGGUACCAAAGAGUUCGAUGCAUUAUAUGCCGAAGGAAACAACAAGUACCUUUACCAUCUCUGGUAUUCUGAUCAGCUGACGCCUUUCAUGGCGACUGAAGUCUUGAAAAUCGAGACACUCUCAGCCGAGCUCUUGGCUAAACUCGGCUAUGUGUUACAAAAGAUGCUCAACUCCAAUAUGAGGACUGCUCUCGGCACGCCAGAAGGGAAGUUCGUUGUUGCCAGUAUUCAGUCUAUUUUGGACGACGCUACUAAGGUGUGCAAGGACCCUAUCUUCAUCAGACUCAGUGCGACAUCAGCCAAGGACAGCUUCGCAAACGGAGCACCUACUGCCAAGCCGGAUCCUCUUCCGCCCACCGCUGAAGUUGUUCUCGGCCGUCUUCUCACAAGUGGUAGGGUUGCUGGCCGACUGCUGGCUCUUGCGGACGGAGUCUGGAGCGAAGACCCAGGUGAGGCCUUGGUAGUUGAGCGAUGGUCACCGGAAAUCAGGCUUGAACAUGAGCUCCGUGUCUUCUGCUACAAGGGGAAAGUCACUGCUGUCAGUCAAGAUAUUUGGUGGGAAAAGAAAGGAUGGCGUGAGCGCUACUCGGAUGGCCUCGUGGAAGCCGUGGUUGAUGUAUGGAAUAACGUCAAAGGCCACAUUCCCUUUGACACCUGCACCAUGGAUGUUUUGGUGUCCCCGCCGAGUCAGGAUAGUAUUAGGUGGGAUGCCAAGGUCAUCGAGUUCAACGGUUUUGGGCCUCAUCUCAAUACUGGCAGCGACUUGUUCCACUGGAUAACCGACGCUAGUAUUUUGCAGGGCGAGAGCGAUGAGAUCACGGUUCGAUUUGUCGAUGAUUGGGAAAACUCCGAAAGCGACACAGAUACCUUAGCUGUAGGAGAUCUCACUCUUUCGGAUACAACGACGGUGGAAGACAGCGAACCAGAUUGGAUGAUGCUGGAGAAGGAGAUUCAGGAAAAGUACGCAGACGACGGUAAGAAUGAGGCUAGGCUCGAGCUUCUGGAGAAGAACAAGCUCCCUCUUGGUGGACGCUGGUGUAGUGCUUAUUGA